AUGUCUUUUUCCGAGGAACUCGUUGCAAAAUACCCCUCACUACACAAGUUUACUGGUAGUGACUACGUUGAAUCCCACGAUGGACGGGAAACUGCUCUUCUCAGAUACAUCUAUAACCACCCCACUCUAGAAGAGAAACGCAAUUCGCCCUCCGGCAUCCGCCAGCUUAUGGAUGAGUUCGCAGCACAGGAGGACUUUCUCAUUAAUAUUGGCAAGGACAAGGCAAACAAGCUCGAAGUGAUAAUUGCAGAGCAGAAGCCGACUGUGGCUGUGGAACUUGGCGGUUAUGUCGGAUACUCAGCACUCUGUUUCGGAGAGGUCAUGCGCCAAGCUGCUGGCAAUGCACCAACCAACCUUCGACUCUGGAGUAUCGAGUUCGAUCCACUGAUCGCGUCUAUUGCAAUGAACUUGAUCGAUCUGGCUGGGCUGAGUGAUAUUGUGAAAGUUGUAGUGGGCACUGCGGCGGACUCGCUGCAACGCCUUCAUGCGCAGAAGGUCUUGACUACAGUGGAUUUCUUGUUCCUAGAUCAUGUGGAGGAUCUCUACGUGCCAGAUUUUCAGAUCUGCGAGGAAUUGGGUCUUUUCAAACAGGGAACAUUGAUUGUGGCUGACAAUGUGCUCCGUCCGGGGGCCCCGGCCUACCGUGAAUACGUUCGUCCACGCCCCACACUGGAAAGCUGGAGCAUCAAAGGGCUGAUCAUGCCUGGUGAAUUUGAGGAUGAACUUGAGAUUACCAGAGUCAAAUAA